UGGAACCGUUGUCCGGUUGUGCACCUGACACCAUGGUUGACCUCCGUAGUGGUAAGAGUGUUGUUCCACAAUCAGAGGUUGAAUAGGAGAGCGAGCCGCCGCCAUUAUGCAAGAGAGCAGGGAGAAGAAGGAGAAGAAGGAGCUCCUCAAGCAAGCGAAGUUAAAGGCAAUCGCAGAGGAGCGGGCGGCGAAGAAAAAGAAGUUGGAGGAGGAGAUGAUGAGAUUGCAGCAGGAGGAGGAAGAGAAAAAGAGGGUUGUCGAAGAAGAAGAAGCAGAGGAGGAGGAAGAAUUGGAAGAAGAAGAAGGACCCUUCGAGAGGAGGCGGAGGAGAGAGAGAGGAGAGGGCAGUGGCACGAAGGGAGAAGACGCGUGGAUGGAAAAGAAGGUCAGCGAAUGGGUUGCUAAUUUAUCGUUGGGAGAGGACGAAGAGGCAAUGUUAUAUGUGCCUCAGGAGGAGAAAGAAGUCGUAGCCAGGGAGAUGGAAGCUAUGGAAGAUCCCCUGGACCGCCAGACGCUAGAAAAUGAAAAGAGAUUGGAGUGGAAAUUACGUCUGGCGAGAGAGAAGAAGAGAAGGAGGGAGGAGACCAACCGGAUGGCCAAGGAAGUGGAAAAGAUGCAGUUGUGUAGGCAAGAGGUGCACGCGCAGCAGGAUACCCAAGCCAAAUUAGACAAGAUUCUAAGUUAUCUAGAAACUUUGGGUCAAGCCUGGAUUGAACAACACCAAGCCAAUAAGGGCGAAGAGGUGGCCCUCCAUUCCAUCCGGACCGGAUUUCGAGAGCUUGCGCGCGACGUGGUGACCCACAUCGGGACCGAAGUUAAGAGGUUGAAAGAAGGCACAGACAAGUUUUGUGCAGGCGCCAUUGAAGGCGCCAAAGUAGUGGCCACGACAGAGGCCGAAGCGCGUCCCCACAAAGAGCCUGCCAAGCUCAAGUUCCCAGGUGCGUAUGGCGGGAAAUCCGAAGAAAAUUUCGAUAACUGGGAGGCUACUAUUAAUAGUUACGUAUAUUUACAACACAUCUUACCUGAGGAGCAAGUCCUGGUAGCCUUCCAUGCCCUGAAAGAUGAUGCGGCCAGUUUCGCCAGGUCCCUAGCGCGCACAGCUAGUUGUGAGAACAACAUGGUUGUUUAUUCAAAAGGCACUCCCCUUCCUCAAUUCUUCAGACUCCUCCGUGAGCGAUUCGCUGAUCUUAGGAGAGGCGUCAAGGCCUCAGACAAUUCACGACAGUGGAGGAGUGCGUGAGUACUCAAGGCAGUUAUGGACGACUUGGUACCCCUCCCAGACCACGGGGUCACUGAGGCCCAACUGGUCCAAUUAUUUUAUCGUGCCAUGCUAGAGCCC